AUGUCAAAGGUGAAAUUAAAUUUGAUAGCCGCAGCUUGCGAUAACAUGGGAAUCGGUAUAAAUGGAACUCUUCCUUGGAGAUUAAAAAAUGAAAUGGCCUAUUUUACGUCUAUGACAUCAACAGCCAAAGAUAAAUCCAAACAGAAUGCAGUCAUUAUGGGCCGAGUGACAUGGGAUUGUAUACCUCCUAAAUACAAACCUUUGGCGAAUAGGAUUAAUGUAGUUCUUACAAGAAAUGUCGAUGAUGUUAAAAAGAAGGUGCCUGAAGGUGUUGAAGUUGUCCCAGAUCUAGAUGAAGCUAUAAAAUUGAUAGAGGGCCGCUCAGAUAUAGAAGGUGCAUGGGUUAUUGGUGGUUCAUCAAUCUAUAAGGCAGCCAUGGACCAUCCCAACUGCGAUAAAAUAUAUCUAACUGAAAUCCAGAAGACUUUCGAAUGCGAUACAUUUUUCCCCGAAUUUGAUCGUAAUAAGUUCCAACUUGUGACUGAAGAUGGCGUUAUAAGUGAAAAACAAAGUGAAAAUGGAAUCGAUUACUACACAAGAGUUUAUAAGAAAUGUUAA